AUGCGAGCCAAUGAUGCAAAUAAGGAAGAAGAACAAAGAAUCACUUAUAUACCAGAGACACUAUUGUGGCUUCUUCGUCGGAGUCAAGAUCAAGUGGAAGACCAGAAUACUUUUCAGGUAACUAUUCUUGUGCUAUUCUCAUUUCUACUACCAAUUCCUCUUCUACCGAUUCUUCUUUGUUUUCCGCCUUUUGGUAUUUGUGUUAUUGAGCGUUUCAUUGAGAGUUCAAGAGUUGAUGAUGAUGAUUGCGUUUUUGCAAAGAUCUUGAUUGUUAUUGCAGAUGAAGAUUGUUGA